GCCGGAGAAAGUAAAAGCCUUACAGGAAGGACAGGUGUCCGUGAUUUUCGCUUAAUUUGACAGGAUUCGGACCGUGACUCUGCCCUCCUGCAGACUGCCCGUCACCAGCGGAGAUGUCUGGGUAUGUGUAUGCCCGGCUUCUCUUCCGCUCCGCCCGUGGAGGUCUGUCGCCCUGUUUCUGUCCGUGCCGACAGACUCUCCCUCCUCCUGAGCCAUGCCGUCCCUUUCUCCCCACCCUGCCUCCUCGCCUCUACUCAUCACGCAGUGGAGGAGCAGCAGGAGGAGGAUCGGAUCAGGACGAGUUCAGUCUGUCCUCUCAGCGACGCGACCUCAACUUCCAGAUCAGCCGGGUCCAGAUCGACGGGAUCCUCCGUGCCAGCGAACAGUCGGUCCGAGUUCCCGAGUUUGACAGGCGCGGUGUUCUGAGUGCCGUCCUGAGAUUUGACAGUAACCAGCUUGCCGCCAACUCUCCGUUAGAGGACCGGCGCAGUGCCGCCACCUGCCUGCGCACGCCGGGGGCGCUCUUCGGCGUCUUUGACGGCCACGGCGGACACGCCUGCGCCCAGGCCGUCAGCGAGAGGCUGCCCUACUACGUCGCCGUGGCGAUGAUGCCGCAGGCCAGCCUGGAGGAGCUGGAGGUCGCCAUGGAAAACUUACGCCCGGUUCCGCCCAUCCUGCAGUGGCACAAACACCAUAACGAUUACAACUACCGGGAGUCGGCAGAGCUGUACGUCAAACACCUGCGCGUCUUCUGGCAGGAGCUGCUGGACGGCGAGGAGCACGGGGACGGGAUGAGCCCCGGAGACGCCCUUAGUUACGCCUUCCAGCGCUUAGAUACCGACCUGUCCCUGGAGGCGCAGGUCCCGCUGGCCAGCGAGCUGAUGCGUAGCACGGCGGUCCAGGCCGCGUUCGCCGGCUGCACGGCCUGCGUGGCUCACGUCAGCGCCGACGGCGUUUACGUGGCCAACGCGGGCGACUGCCGGGCGGUUUUGGGCGUGCAGGAAGAGGACGGGAGCUGGGAGGCGGUGCCGUUGUCACGUGACCACAACGCGUUAAAUUCGGAGGAGCUGGAGAGGGUGCUCUCUCAGCACCCGCCCUCGGAGCGCGACACGGUGGUGGUGGACGAGCGGUUACUGGGCGUCCUGAUGCCUCUGCGGGCCUUCGGCGACGUCCGCUUUAAAUGGAGCCGGGAGCUGCAGCAGAGCGUGCUGGAGAGCAGUGGGUGUGACGCCGAGGCCUUGAACCUUUACCAGUACGCUCCGCCCAAUUACCUGACCCCGCCCUACCUGGAGGCCACACCCGAAGUCACUUACCACAAACUCCGCCCGUGCGACCGCUUCCUCAUCCUGGCCUCUGACGGCCUGUGGGACGAGAUGACCAAUCAGGAGGCGGUGCGUCUCGUGGCGGAACACCUGACAGGUGUGCAUUUACAGGCGCCGGUCACGGCCAGCGAGCGCCAGCUCAACCUGGGCCAGAUGCACCAGCUGCUGCUGCGGAGACGGGCGCGGGCCACGCCCGCUCUGGACGCCAACGGGGCGACGCACCUUAUACGGCACGCGCUGGGAACCAACGAGUACGGCGAGCUGGAGCAGGAGAGACUGGCCGCCAUGCUGGCGCUGCCCGACGACCUGGCCCGCAUGUACCGUGACGACAUCACAGUCACUGUCGUGUACUUCAACUCUGCCCUCAACAAAACAGGCCAUAACCAGUAACUGGACCCUGCCUUGCAUACCAGUAUGACCAGUGACUCAGGUUUUUUGUCCCAGAGUGAGCAGCGUCUGGUAGCGACUCAGAUCCUGUUUAAAUGGUUACUUACAUGACUCAGAUUAACAGACAUCAUGUCAUAUUCUGCGAUCGACUGUUGGCCUCCUUCAGUUCCCAUGCUCAUCUCCCAGAGCCCACAAUAAAAAAACCAGUCAAACUAAACCUCCAGAGAGACCAGAGUAACCAGUUACAGCCAUCAUCUUACCCAGCACUAACCAGUUCAUUGACUUCAACCUACCCUCUAAUCACAGGAUGUCUUUUAUAAUAGUUCUUGACCAGUCAUAUCAUAUCUUACUAUACUGUUACUGAGGCAGCCAGUUAGACCCUGUAUUUGUGAAUCUGGUUUUUUUUUUCUCUCAUCCCCAGGUGUAGUGUCAUAAGUGGUGAGUUACAGCGGACACACACACACACACACACACACAGUGUCAGCUCUCUGUGUGUACAGCUCUGCUCUGCCUUAUGUCAGACUUGCUUUGUGAAUUUGUCUUGGUAUAUUUAUGGCGUAUUUAUUUAAUGUGUGGCUUGGUUCAGGUAGCAAGUCCAGAAUUUUAGAGUGCACACACACUCACACACAUAUGUAUGACUUAGUCUGUUACCAAAACCUGAUGGACCUUGUUUGACCUUGACCUUGACCUUGACCUUGUUUGCGCUCAAAUACAUGUUUGCACCUUUUUCCCUUUGCACUUUUCUGGUCAGUCCUCACCGUGUGUCAGAAACCCGUUUGUGUCUGUGUGUGUGUGUGACUGUCAGCACAAAGCAGUUCAUGUGUGUGGAUUCAUACUCUUCGUAAUGGAGAGAAAUAAACUGACUCUGUUUAGGUGAGUUUGCAUUGAGUUUACAAAUGAAGGUUACAGUGUGAUGUUGUU